ACAGUGGGACUUUCAGGAAUUCCUAUUACCCGUCCCAGUCUCUACCGUCCAACUGACAUGACGCGAUGCUCCGCGCAACUUUACAAAACGUGGACUUGUUUUGGGUAAUUUUGCUGUGUUUCGUUGCUCUGCCGGAGGCUGGCCCCAGAUCAGCCAACGCAGACAGCUGCCAUGAGGUGAAGACAGCUUACAUGAUGCGUCAAAUAGGCCCAGUGGAGCUGGUGCCAGAAAGACCAAGAACAGGCGAGUCUCUCCGAGUGUGUGGACAUCCUGGGCCCAGCUGCUGUACCAGUAAGAUGGAGGACAACUACAUGGCUGCUGUUCGCAGCGAGACGCAGCAGAAGAUGCGGUCGUACAGCUUUGAACUCAAGUACCUGAUUGCUGGAAACAGCAAAGCCUACCAAGAGACCUUCGAGUCACUUGUUUUCUUCACAUCUAACUUGACCAGCACCCUAUUUGACAGCGCUUACGCCGCCCUCGCAUCCGACUGUCGCCCCCUUGUGUUUCAGCUGUUCAGCGACAUCAAGCGGCACCUUUCUGGAGACCCCGAUACCUCUCUGGAUCUCGCCGUGCGACGAUUCUGCGAUGAUCUCUUCCCACUAGUCUACCGCCGUCUGCUCAAUCCCGGGAUCAGCCACAUGUCAACCCAGUCCAAAUCCGUUCAUUCCACCAAUCACGAUGAUUGUCUGCGGAUGACGCGGCAGGAUGUCGUCCCGUUCGGACCCCAUCCUCGCCUCCUCGUCAGCAGCCUGUCUCGCGCACUCAGGCCUGGUCGAGCGCUGAGCCGGCUACUGCGACUGGCCGGAGACGUCGUGAAUGCGACAGAGAAGAUGACGUUGUCCCGAGAGUGCGGGCGGGGUUUGGUGAAGAUGCAGUACUGUUCCCACUGCAGAGGACUAACACUGAUACGGCCCUGCACCGGACUGUGUGUCAACAUUAUGAGAGGAUGUCUGGUCGGCGUAUCUGAGCUGGGAGUCCCAUGGGGAAGUUCAGUGGUGUUGCUCCAACGGUUAGCUGCUACUUUAGCCACCAGCAGCAACCAGAACAGCAUGGAGUUAGCUCUUUUAGCCGUCCGAAACCACGUGAACGAUGCCAUACUGCACGCACAGCUGCAUGGGCCGCGCAUCACUGCCACGGUGGAGAAGGUGUGCGGUCCGCAGGCCCCUGGUCCCAUAACUACGAGUGAACGGUCCUCCCACUGGCAUAUGUCCACUCAUGCGACUUCACCCGCCUCCAAGAGGUCGACUGUGACGUCCCCUCCUCUGCUUCAUCGGAAUUUGCAGUUGCAACCUCGGAAGUCAUUCCCUCUUAAAGGCUCCAAAGGAGACAAGAGUCGAAGCCUGAAAAAACUGUCAAGGGAGUUUGAGGGCUCUAUCCAGCGGUACCAACGGUUUUUCUCCGAGCUGCCAGAGAUGCUUUGUGAAAGCGAAAUGGAAGUUGAGCAGCACACAUGCUGGAGUGGCCAAGAUGUUGUGGAAAGCUAUGCAGGUCGUGUUGUUGGCAGCUCUUUAGAGGCCCAGAGGGAGAACCCAGAGAUGCUUGUCCGUAAUGCAGACACUGUCCUGAAGGGGGCCAAGCAGAGACUGGAGCAGCUAACAAAGGAGCUGUUAGUGGAACUUGGCUGGGUGAGCAAAGUGAGAGGAAAGGGGGAGGAAGAGGAUGGAGGAAGCGCACAGACUGAAGGAGGGAGUGGCGACAGUUGCGAUGAUGAAGAUGGCUGCGAAGCAUCUGGUGAAGAGAGUGGGGACGAGACAUCCAGUGGUCGCAGUCCGGAAACAAAGAUUGUUGCUCCUCAUCAUCAUCAUAAACCACUCCCUCCUCAUCAGCGGUCACCUCCACAGGUGGCUGUCCGUGGCUCAGCCCACACGAUGACUUCUGAACCUCUAACCCUGGUAAACCUGCUGCUGAUGCUGCUGAUGCUGCUGUCUCCAUGGGAACCGCGCUGACCAUGAAGAGACAGCUCCAUAGACAGAAAGACAGAAAAUGUGUGAAGACAGCCGCGAGCUGUGUGCGGUGUGGCGGUGUUGAAUACUUGGAGUUUCAGUGAGCGCACCUCAAGUGCUCUGAUUGAUUUUGCAUUGGGUGGCCGGCCUGAUGCGACAAGCUGCUGAUUUUGUAUAAUAUGUCUUUUUGUGUUACCUGUACUGACCUCUACACAUCCUCAUUUGUAUUUAACUCCUACCUGAUAGAUUGCACAGCGCUACUGACUUUUUUUGAAGACAGAUGUAAAUAAAAAUAUAUAUAAAUUUUAUAUUUAUAAGAAGAAUUUCAGAUAUAGAUAACAAUGGCUUGUUGUGUACAUAGAGAUUAAUAUAGAACAGAAAACACCUGGAUGUUAAGGGAUAUUUGAUUCGGUUCGACCUUUACUUGAUUGUGAUUAAGUGUAGGUUGCUUAUUCAGAGUUUGUUGUUUCCUGCAGUGAAGGGGCUUACACGCCCACACUUUUUGCUUUUGAAUCAGACUGGUGCAGAGUGUAACCAUCCGUCUUUCCCCCCUACACAAGCACAUUCUUUUGUUCAUGCAAGCUGGGUGGUUUCUUUUUAAGUCGGAAGCAACUAUGAUGAGAGUUUAAACUGUUUAACAGUCACUCAAAAUUCUCCCAGGAAACUGCAGCCCUCGCUCUUUGCCAUGUCUAGGUUUGUAAUAAAUUAUGCAGUCUUGGUAAUUGUGAGGAAAAAAAACCCAGAAUCUUAAGACUACUUCCCAAGUGGAUUAAACUAUAAAUUCAAUGCAAGGAGGGACAUAGUGAUUUUUAGUUCAGCUUCAGUUGCAUUUCACCCAGGGGUUAAAAAUAAUGUUCCUAACAAUAAAAGGCUAGAAAAAAAAAAAAGAGAGAACAAAAGAUCAUCAACUAUCCACUUGAACAAUGCAAAAUUUAACAAGUCAUAUGCAAAUGUUGAACUGUCAUGUGCCUUCAAAGGCUUGCUAGUUACCAAAUGUGAGUGACUUGAGACUUCCGUCUCAGUAAAUAGAUAAAUAGAUUUUUAAAAAAUGCAGAAAUAUUUUUUCUAUGUCUGACUUGUAGUUUUAGCAUAUCUCCAAUGAGGAUGAGAGAUUAAAAAGAGAGAGAAUAAGAGAGUAAAAAGAGCGAGAUUCGGGCACAACUGAUCCAAACAUGUGACUCAAAUGUAAUUCAUAUUUAUUAGAAUCAUUCUUCCUGAAUGCACGCAGCAGCCAGAGAGACAACUGGAAUACUAAUCAAAUGCAUUCAAAGUGGUGUAAAUGAACCAACUGAAGGGGCUCUUAAAUGUCUGUCACACUGUGCCGCAUAUAUUAACUUUCUCUCUCUCACAAACACAAACACACACACACACUCACACACACAUACAUACACAUAUAUAUAUGGAAAUGUGUUACCUGGGGUUUAAUGCCAUAGAUUGUAAAUCACAUUUAUGUUUGUCUGUGAAUAUGAACUGUAAUAUUUUUCAAAAUGUGUCUACUACUCACUUCACCUAACUGAUUUUGUGAAGGAACUGACUGACAUAUAAAGCAACAGAUGAAAUAACCUUAAGAUUUGAAGAGUGUGAGUUAUUCGGGUUUUUGCUGAAGCAACACGCAUGUCAGCGAUUGUUUUUACAGUACAAUCUUUACACAAAUGUGCUAAAUUGAUGCUGUUGUGUACUGUUUUGGUCCACUUUUCCAUUUCCACUGCUCAAGUUGGACAACCUUGUACGUCCAGUGUGCAAAAAUGUCCAGUGUGCAAAAAUACAACAACAAAAAAGAACACACACACACACAUACAGAGACCGCAAACAAGAUAAGUGAAGACAGAAAUUCGAUCAGUGCAGAGUACUUUGUCAUUUCUCAGACUGUGGUAAAGCCGAGGUAAGGUUCUAACUUUUUAAAGAAAUCUUAAAGUGCAAAAAUAUAUAUUUUUCAUAUACACAUUUUAUAGAUAAAUACAUUUUCAUUGAACAAGAAGUAUUUUUAGCUUACAAGUAUAUAGAAAGCACAUUGGAUUAUAUGGGACUGGAUAAUAAAGUUAACAGUUAGUUGUUUAAAGUUCAGUCUGUUGAGAAAUCCUCUUUUCAGAUGCAGGGGUUUUUGUGGCAAUGGAUCUGCACGAGUUUGAGCCACACUUUCCAUAUCAGGUUGUUAAAUACUUUCUCUGUUACCUUCUCUACACUGGAUCAACAUUUGUGAGUGUGUUUGUGAAGGCACACUGGUGUGCCUGAUAGCAUCCCGUGCUGUGUAAAUAGUCGUUAAAUUUGCUUUAUCCCAGUUUAACAGCUCUGCUAGUUUAGUGAGCCUAAUUGUCAUUGUUGUGCAGCAGCAUGCGGAGCAUCGGGAUGCAACAAACUACCUGAUAUCUACAUCUGUGAUUUGUGUAAAUUAAACCAAUGACUGAUGUUACACUUACAAUGACAAUGUGUCAUUUUACUCUGCUUUGUCAUUAAUAAUUCCUGUUCUGUACCCAAAAA